CUCUGGAAGCGAGCGGCGCCGCUGGGGCCGAUGCCCAACGAGGAUAUCGAUGUCAGCAGGUUGGAUGUGCUGGAGAAGUAUCGCAGCUUCCGUCCGUACUUCAGGCUGGCGGAGAAGGAGAGCAGGAAGCCUCGGUGGUGGAACACAUACCGGCAGCACACCAACCCCCCACAGGAGCCCCAGACAGACAUCAGCCUGCCCCGGGCGAGACUGUCCCGGGCAAAAGCCGCACGGCUCCGGAGCGUGCUCAUUCCCCUGGAGGAGGUCAGGGCUGACUGGGAGAAGACCAGUGGCCCUUUCCACAAGCAGCGCGUGGCCGAGCGCUGUGGGGUGUUCCGAGACCUGUUCAAGGGAGCCACAUUCACCCCCUGGGUUGCUCUGAGGGUAGAGUACAGCCAAGAGGAUGAGCACCUGGUGCCAGUCUACUAUGGGAACAUAGUGACUCCGUCAGAGGCUUCCAGUCCCCCCACAGUGUCAUAUGAGGCAGAUAAAGGCUCCCUCUGGACCUUGUUGCUCACAAAUCCAGAUGGACAUCUGAGGGACACGGACUCAGAGUACCUCCACUGGCUGGUGACCAACAUCCCAGGCAAUGACAUCAAGUCGGGUAAGGAGAUCUGCCACUACCUGCCCCCCUUCCCUGCCAUGGGCACUGGCUACCAUCGUUUCAUCUUCCUCCUCUUCAAGCAAGAGUGUCCCAUCGACUUCAGUGAGGACACGCGGCCGACGCCAUGCUACAGCCUCAAGAUGAGAACCUUUAGCACGUUUGACUUCUACAGAAAGCACGAGGAUGCCAUGACCCCAGCAGGGCUGGCGUUUUUCCAGUGUCAGUGGGAUAGCUCUGUCACCUCUGUCUUCCAUCAGCUUCUCAACAUGAGGGAGCCUGUGUUCGAGUUCGUGCGCCCACCUGUGUACCACCCUCCACAGCUCAAGUUCCCUCGCCACCAGCCCCUGAGGUACCUGGACAGGUACCGAGACACAGAGGAGCCCACCUACGGCAUUUACUAG